AUGAAGACUACCAAUCGCCCUGAUGAGUGGAAGAUUGAGCAGGGACUGUCUGGAGCUGUGCUCCCAGUCCUUGACAUGACGGGUCCCGAGACCAAGGCCUUGGAUCCUCAGGUUUUUGGGGAACUCACCAAGGAUGAGGAGGCCAUCAAGGCUGUCGGUGAUCGUGACAAGCUCUUUGCCGCUGAGCGAAAGGGCUGGACUGGAUUCGUCGAGUGGGAGAAUUAUCCCAAGAAGAAGGAUGCCGCACACAAGAUCUUGACUUCUCAGACAUUCCCUCCCAACCCCGAGUUCCAGCUUGGCCCUAUCCCUCCGACCAACCCUGUUCUUCCUGGUACUCACUGGAAGCUGUGGCACCACGCUCUCGGUGGAGAGCUCACCAAGGUCCCUGAGGACUCGUGGUCUACUGUUCUCAAGGAGAAGCAUCCCGAUAUGCUUCAUCUUCUCCAAUUUCCCUACAACGGGGAACCUCCCAAGCGUCUCGUCACUGACAAGGAGUUUACUCCCAACUCUCUUCACUUUGUGAGAAAUCACGGUGGUAUCCCCAUCAUCAACAAGGAGGACUACAGCUUCCUCUUGGACGGUCUCGUCGCCAAUCCUCGCUCUUUUACUCUGGAUGAUCUGAUGGAUGAAUCUCAAUUCCCGCGCAUGGAAAAGAGCAUCACCAUGCAGUGCUCUGGAACUCGUCGCAUUGAGCAGAUCCUCAAGUACGCAGGCCAAGGCGACGAAGUCCCCCAGGCGCCUUGGGCUGAGGGAGCAAUUGGCACGGCUCGCUACGUUGGUAUCAGUCUCAAGAAGGUGAUCAAGGCAUGCGGAGGCUUGGUCGAUGGGGCCAAGCACUUGGAGUUUUAUGGCGCCGACACUUACUUCAAGGACGACAAGGCGAUGAACUAUCUCGUCAGCGUCCCGUGGUCGAAGGUCAAAGCACACGAAGUGAUGCUGGCGUGGGAGAUGAACGGCGAGACACUCCCCAGAAUCCACGGCUACCCCCUGCGCAUCGUUGUAUUCGGGUACAUCGGCGCCAGAAGCGUCAAAUGGCUGUACCGCAUUAAAGCCAUCAAAGAACCCUCGCGAGCACCAGUCCAGAGCCAGGAGUACCUCUACUUCCCCCAACAGGUCGGAAAGCACAACUUGGAGUUUACAGACGGCAUUCAGAUCCAGGAGAUGCCCGUUAGCUCGGCCAUCAUGUCGCCCUGGACCAAGCAGGUGGUCAUCCAUAACGGCAAGAUCCGCUGCAAGGGCUGGGCGUACUCUGGUGGUGGACGAUGGCCUGAGCGUGUGGAGCUGUCUGCAGACGGCGGCUUCAACUGGUACACGAUUCCCCUCGACAAGCUGUCCAAGAAGAGAAGAUGGACCUGGCGAAUCUGGGAGUUUGACCUCCCCUGCGAUGUCGAAGGAUGGGUCGAGAUUGUCUGCCGAUGCUGGGACAACUCCCUAAACACACAGCCUCCCAAUGUCCGUACAGCCUGGAACUGGGGCUUGCACGUCACCAGCUCUUGCCAUCGAGUUUCCGUGUACAGCGUCAACAAGAGCAGGCCCAAGACCAAGGCUCGUUUGGACGAGUUUGAUGAUAAGGGUAUUCCUUUUGGUCCCAUCACUGUCCCUCUCGCGUUUCCAUCUCAGAGCUGGGAUGACUAUGAGAAGUUUUGGCAAAAAAAUGGCCCGCGUGACGCGGAGGAUGAUUAA